GGACGCUCACCGCUCGGGAGCAUCUCACGCUCUUCGCCCGAAUCAAGGGCUUUCCCGAGCCGGAGCUGCCAAAUUACGUCGACUCGCUUUUGGACCAGCUGACGCUGCGGCCCUAUGCCGACAAGCAGGCUUUCUCCUUCUCUGGAGGAACACGCCGCAAGCUGUCUCUGGGCCUGUCCCUCGUCGGCGACCCGCGCUGCGUGUUUCUGGACGAGCCGACCACGGGCGUGGAUCCCGAGUCCAGGAGGUUCAUGUGGAAGCUGAUCUCCAGCACGAUGGUUGGUCGUGCGGUGAUCCUGACCACGCACUCCAUGGAGGAGUGCGAGGCUUUGUGUAACA